AUGGCUACCCUGACAAGAAUAACAACGAAGAGGGAGAAUAGACUGGGAUCAAGUAAUCUAAAAAGACAUGAAAGUUUUAAAUUAACUACUACAACAACCACCACAACAACAAAUAAUAAUAAUAUUAAUAGCACAACAGAUUUUACAGAAGAUGAAAAUCCAGAAGAACAGAAAAGACGAUAUAAUGAAGAAGAAAUAAUACAAAAUGAAACAAACGAAGACCAAAAAUAUCAUGAUUCAUUCUUAGCAAAAGUUGAAAGAAAUCAAAUACCAAUAAGUAGAAAUUUAAUGAUUUUAUUAUAUUCAUUAAAUUUUUUAAGUUCAAAUCCUAGAGUGAUUUCUUUUACAAAUAAAUUUAUUCACUUGCAGAAUAGAGUAGGAACAAAUCCAGAAAAUAAUUUACCAAUUUAUGAUAUUCAUAUUGAUGACAUAUACUACGUAAUAAAUUGGGUAAUAACAGUAACAUUUUUAAGAUCAUUUUUAAUGAAAUAUUGUUUUGAACCAUUUGCGUCAAAAUAUUGUCAUAUUUAUUCAAAAAAGGCUAAAACAAGAUUUGCAGAACAAAGUUGGUCAUUUGUUUAUUAUAGUUUGAGUUUUAUUUAUGGAGUUUAUUUAUAUUUAGAUGCUCCUUAUUUUAAUAAUUUGGAUCAAAUUUAUAUAAAUUGGCCAAAUUAUUUAAUGGAUAAUAAAUUUAAAAAGUAUUAUUUGGUUUCAAUGGCUUUUUGGUUACAACAAAUUUUCGUUUUAAAUGUUGAAAAACCAAGAAAAGAUCAUUAUCAAAUGUUUAGUCAUCAUAUUAUAACUUGUUUAUUAAUAAUUGGUUCUUAUUACUACUAUUAUUUUAGAAUUGGACAUUUAAUAUUAAUGAUUAUGGAUUCAGUUGAUAUCUUUUUAGCAGCUGCAAAAAUGUUAAAGUACGCUGGUUUUAAUAAUGCUUGUGAUGGAAUGUUUAUUUUGUUUUUAGUUAGUUGGAUUGCUUUAAGACAUGGAGUUUAUAAUUAUAUUUUUUAUCAUGCAUGGCAUAAAUCUGUACAUUUAAUGGAAAAUGGUAGAUGUGUUGAAGGUUUAAAUCAAAAAAGAUGUUGGACUCCAACUAUUAUAAAUACCUUUUUGGGUUUAUUAGGUGGUUUACAAAUUAUUACUUGUAUUUGGAUGUAUUUAAUUUUAAAAGUUGCUUAUAAAGUUAUCAUUGGUUCUGGAGCAGAAGAUGUAAGAAGUGAUGAAGAUGAUACUGAUAUUGAAGAUUUGGAAGAUGAGAAAAUUAUAGACGAUAAAAAGAUUGGAUAA